AUGCUGUGGGCAUGCCAAGACAGGGCAUUUAACAUUGUUGACAAAGUGAAGGACAAUGUGGCAUUCAAAGCCUGGCAGAUGUUGAAGAAGAAAUACGAAGUGAAGGAGGUUGAUGCACACAUUCAGCUGCAGGAAAAGUUUCAGGAAUGCAAGAUGGAGUCGGAUAAAGAUGACCCAACAAUUUUUAUUGAAGAGCUUGCAGUUAUCAAUGGAUACAUGGGAGCCAUGCAGGAUAAGUAUGAGAAGGAUGAUGUGGAAAUGAUAUUGCAUAUCUUCUCAAAGUUGCCGGGUUUGUACUUGGAGUUCAUAACAAGACAGAAAGCAAAAGGCAUUCAGAAUACAUCAGGUUAG